CGAACAAAAAGAAACAUUUCCCCAUUUCUGAGUCCUCAAAGAGCAAAAUACAGAUAGAAAUGGCGUGUUUGGCACAGCAAUUCACAGGGCUGAGGUGCCCACCUAUCUCUUCUUCACGCCUUUCCAAACCCUUCUCUCCAAAACAACCCCAGAAGCCCAGCUUUGUUCGCAUAGUCUCCGCUGUGGCAAUCUCAAAUGCCCAGACCAAAGAGAGGCUCAAGCUCAAAGAAAUGUUUGAAGACGCCUACGAGCGAUGCCGUACUGCUCCAACGGAAGGCGUCUCCUUCUCUGCCGACGAUUUCUACUCCGCUCUCGACAAGUACGACUUCAAUUCCGAAAUUGGCACCAAGGUUAAGGGAACGGUGUUUUGCACCGACACCAAUGGGGCACUUGUAGACAUUACUGCAAAAUCUUCAGCAUAUUUGCCGGUUUAUGAGGCAUGCAUUCACAAAAUAAAACAUGUAGAAGAAGCUGGGAUUGUUCCUGGUGUGAGGGAGGAGUUUGUGAUUAUUGGUGAAAAUGAAGCUGAUGAUAGCUUGAUCUUGAGCUUAAGGUCAAUCCAGUAUGAUCUUGCAUGGGAACGAUGUAGACAGCUUCAGGCUGAGGAUGUUGUUGUGAAGGGUAAGGUUGUAGGUGCAAAUAAAGGUGGAGUGGUGGCAUUGGUGGAGGGUCUUCGUGGGUUUGUUCCUUUCUCACAGAUAUCAUCAAAAACAAUUGCUGAAGAGCUUCUUGAUAAAGAACUUCCCGUGAAGUUUGUGGAGGUUGAUGAGGAACAGUCUAGGCUUGUUCUCAGCAACCGCAAGGCCAUGGCAGACAGCCAGGCACAGCUAGGAAUCGGAUCAGUGGUUACUGGAACUGUUCAGAGUCUGAAACCAUACGGUGCCUUCAUCGACAUUGGUGGAAUUAAUGGCCUUCUUCAUGUCAGUCAGAUCAGUCAUGAUCGUGUCUCAGAUAUUGCCACAGUUCUUCAACCUGGUGACAUCCUCAAGGUUAUGAUCCUGAGCCACGACCGUGAGAGAGGCCGUGUGAGUCUCUCAACUAAGAAGUUAGAACCUACCCCUGGAGACAUGAUUCGCAAUCCAAAGCUUGUUUUUGAGAAGGCGGAGGAGAUGGCUCAGACAUUCAGGCAGAGAAUAGCUCAAGCAGAAGCUAUGGCUCGGGCAGACAUGCUAAGAUUCCAACCUGAGAGUGGAUUAACUCUCAAUUCGGAUGGAAUCUUGGGCCCCGUUUCCGCAGACUUGCCAGCAGAGGGUCUAGAUCUAAGUGAUGUUCCUCCUGCUGAUGACUCUUGAUUGAUAGUUUCACAGUGCCGACCUGAUUUUUCUUUUUUCAGUUACAUUAUUUUGCUUGUCAGGGUUGCAAACAUACCUCAACUCCCGUAGCUUAAUAGAUCCCUUCUUCUCUUCAAUUUUAUUACUAUUCAUGCCCCAGCAACUGCCAUAGUUCUAUGGAUUGCUGGUGUUCACCCCUAUGAAAACACUGUUUUAAUGAUCUUUAAUAUUUCCAAUUACAAUUCACUAAAA